AUGAGUAAACAGAUGGAGGCAACAGAUCCUGAUGUCACGAAAGUUCUAAUAAAACCAGCUGUUGAUGAUGAAACUUUUGAGGCUCUCAAGAGUGAAUUUAAUGAGAUUCUGGAAGAAAUCGAAGGGAACAAAAGUUUAGAGAAAUUCAAGGAAGAAUAUGAAAAGUUAAUGGGGGCGUUCUUCAAAUCUCAUGAUAACGAAAAGCUGCUAUUGCGAAAGUGUAGAGAGCUAAAGGCAGAAAUCCUUACAAAUUAUGCGAAGGUUACACAGGCUGAAAGCAUUUCCAGUGACGAUCCAAGCAACAUUGCGGGUCUUAAACGAGAAGUUGAGCAAGCAUGGAAGAUGGUUGAUGCAGCUGCUGAUCGAGAAACUAAAGCUCAGGCAACAAUUAAAGAUCUCAAGGAAGAAAUCGCUAAUUUGAACAGGUUACUUCAGCAAAGCGAUGCCGAUUUGGCCGGGUCAGAAAGUUUAGCUGAAUUACAAAAACAGAAAGAAAAAUUAAUCAAUGAACGUGAUGAACAAAUUUCUGACAAUCAGAAAUUACGUGAACAAAUUGAAGAAACUAGAAAUCUUAUUGCAAAAUAUCAAAAUGAAUUAUCUGAAGCACAAAAUAAAAUUACUGAAUUAACUGCAGAUAUUGAAAAUAAAAAUCUUGAUGCACAAAGGGAAUUACUUAGAAAAGAACGUUUGGAGAAGGAUUUGAAGCAAAUACGCACUGAAGUUGAAGCAAAAAUGGAAGAGAUCAGCUUGACAUCAGGCAAUGUUGAGAAAUUGAAACAAGAAUUACGCACAAAAGACGAAGAAAAUCGUACGACAAAAGUUUCGUUAGAACAAGCCAAUCGUCAUCUGGUAAUCACUGAAGGCAGAUUAAAAGAUUGUCAAGAAAAACUUGAACAACAAAUUGAAGUCAAUGAAUCUAUUGCAGCUCAAAUAAAAUCAAAAACAAAUGAAUUGAAGCAACGUGAAGAUGAAGUGCAAAAAGCCAAAUCUGAUUAUAAUCGUUUAGUAAAACAAAAUGAAAUAGCUGAAAGAAAAUUUCAUCAAACUGAAGAAGAGAAAUUGAAUUUAGAACAUACACGUGAAUGUUUACGCAAUGAAAUACAUGCUUAUGAAAAUGAAAUGGAAUCAAUGCGUAAAACACAUGAAGCAAAUAAAAAAGCUUGUGAAGCAUUGAAUCGUGAAAAAGAUUCAUUAAAUAAAAAUCUAACUAAAGCUACAGCACAAACAGUGAAACAAGCGAAUCUUUUAAAAAUACAAGAAAUAUCUAAACAAAAUUUAGAACAAGAAAUUUUAAAUUAUCGUGAAGAAGCACAGAAACAACGUAAAAUAAUUUAUAAAUUAGAACGUGAACGUGAUCGUUACAUUGCUGAAGCAUCAGAAUUAACUCAGAAAGUUUUACAAAAUAUGGAUGAUUUAAAAUUACGUGAAAUGCAAAUUUUUGAAAAUAAGAAAAAAAUUGCUGAAGCUGAAACUAAAUUAAAACAACAACAAAAUCUCUAUGAAGCUGUACGUAGUGAUCGUAAUAUGUAUAGUAAAAAUUUAAUAGAAGCUCGCAGUGAAUUAUCUGAAAUGAAAAGACAAUUAAGAAAUUGUUUACAACAAAUUAUUCAACUUAAAGAUGAUAUAGCUAAACGUGAUGCCAAUUUAGUCAAGGAAACAAUGGAACGACAAAAAAUUGAAAAAGAUAAAGAACAAUUAAUUAGAGAUUUAGAAAAAAUGAAAUUACAAAUUACUGAAAAUCGUACUUAUAUAAAAAUACAAGAAACAGAAGAAAAUAAAUUAUUGAAAAUUAUCACUGAAGCUGAUAAUGAACGAUCGAAAGAGAAAAAAGAAUAUGAAAAAGUUGUUAGUGAAAGAGAUAUGCUUGGUAGUCAGUUGGUACGUAGAAAUGAUGAAGUAGCGUUACUUUAUGAAAAAAUUCGUAUACAACAAUUAAUAUUGAAUAAAGGUGAAAUACAAUAUAAUAAACGGUUGAGUGAAUUAAAUUUAUUAAAACAAGAAGUGAAAAAAUUACGUUGUGAAAAAGCUUUAUUACAAUCUACCGCUAUAAGAAUUGAUGAUUUAAAAAUUGAAAUUAAUCGUAUACAAAAGAAUUUAUUAAAAGAAAGAACAAGAGCUAAAGCUUUAGAAGAAGAAUUACAAAAUCCAGUGAAUGUACAUCGAUGGAGAAAAUUAGAAGGAACUGAUCCAUCCACGUAUGAAAUGAUACAAAAAAUUCAAGCAUUACAAAAACGUCUUAUUAGUAAAACUGAAGAAGUAGUUGAAAAAGAAUUACUUAUACAAGAAAAAGAAAAAAUCUACAUUGAAUUAAAACAAAUAUUAGCACGUCAACCAGGUCCAGAAGUAGCAGAACAAUUGAAUAUUUAUCAAAAUGUAAUUAAAGAUAAAACAAAACAAUUGAAAGUAAGUCAAAUGAGUGAUUUCACUGACUGA